AAACACUGAAAGCAAAGAUACGCCACCUUUCACUCCUGUUGCUAAGGCACGUGCUCCACAUGUCAAGAAGAUGAAGGUCACACAAUGCACUCCAGUUGAAAAUUCAGAUUACCCUUUACCGAUACCAAGAAAAAAGAAGGUCACUCAAUGCACUCCAGUUGACAAUACAGACCCAUCUAGAGAAAGCGAGUCCAGUCCAGACAAUCCUAUACCAACACAGAGAAAAAAGAAGGUUAAAAAGAAAAAGACAGAGCCUGUGCCGAGAUCUUUUCCUCAACCGGCUCCCUCUGGUGAUCCCAUCUCCAGACCUUUGACCCAUCUUCCAGACAGAAGCCCGGGUGCUAGAGCUCCGUUUCCUCCACACUCUCCAGACCGGAGCAUCAGGUCCAGCGCUGACGGCAUGAACCUGAGCCCUCGGACCGCAAGCCCUGCCAGAUCCACAGAGACCUUCAACAGAUCACAGAUCUCUCCCGGACACUCCAGACCUGAAUUAACAAAUUUUCUGGAGAAGACCAUUCGCUCAGCGGUCGAGCAACACCUGUUCAACUUGCAGAUGCAUACAGGUCAGAGUUCAGAGGGCUUGGAUCCGACUGCCCACUCUUCAUCUCCUGUGUCGACAGCCCGAGAGAGGAGGAGACAUCUGCGGGAACAAGAGGAGAACUUCAGGGUCGAGGGUGAUAAAGAGAACGUCCCGUCUCCAGGUGUGAGGGUUACAGAGGAGGGUGACAGGCGUCUGCUGCUGCUGCCACACGAGGUUCAGAGAAACAGGAAGCCCAAACACAUUCCCACACUGACUGAGCACUCAGACAACCAGGACGCCCCCACCGUGCGUGUUUGGAUUCUGGAUUCACCUCAGCAGGCAAUGGAAUGCCAAGGACCUGAUAGAAAUUGCAUGGAAAAUAUGGUGUCAGCUGAUUACAGGAGGUACCAUCAAAAGGACAAUGGCUUGCAUUCUAUUCAGACGCCUGCCAUGAAGAUCCAGGAGGCUCUUAGUGGCGCAGAGCCGUGUGACGAUGUCCCUCGACUGGACCUGUCUACUCUGACAGACGACAAUAACUGGGCAGAACCAGUCCCAGCCUACUCGUCUUGGCAAAAGGAGAGUAUGGAGCGCGAGGAGGCUCACCUGUCACCCCACGCCGGUGGCAAGCUGAUUCGCCAGCUCCUGGAGGAGGACAGUGACCCAAUGGUCUCGCCACGGUUCUACGCUUAUGGAGAUGGCCAACAGUAUCUGGAUGACACUGAGGUUCCUCCAUCUCCACCCAAUGCCCACUCCUUUAUCAGGCGAAGAAGCUCAUCGUUAGGCUCCUGCGACGACGACCGGGAAGAGCUCACUUCAGCUCAGCUUUCAAAGCGGAUCCACGUACUCAAGAAGAAGAUCAGGAGGUUUGAAGAGAAGUUUGAAGAGGAGCGCAAAUACAGGCCUUCACACGGCGACAAAGCCGCCAAUCCAGAGGUUCUGCGGUGGAUGAAUGAACUGGCCAAGAUGCGCAAAGACUUAAAAGAUCACAAGUUGCUUAAGUCAGAAGAGGAUUUGACGCCCAUCCCCCGCCAACGCAGCAACACUCUUCCCAAGAGCUUUGGAUCUCAGCUGGAGAAGAAACCCACUGAGACCAAAGCCCCUAAACCCCCUGUGGAGAGCACGCUAGAGGCAGUUAUGAACAAACUACAGGAGAAACGCAAUGAGGCUGGCCGACCUGAAGACAUCAAGGACAUGACCCGUGAGCAGAUAGGAACAGAAAAAGUGGCCCUUCAGAAAGCUCUAUUAUAUUACGAGAGCAUCCACGGGAGACCAAUUACCAAGAACGAGAGGCAGGUCAUGAAGCCUCUAUACGACCGGUACAGACUCAUCAAACAGAUCCUCCUCAAAUCAACCCCCAUCCCACACAUCGGCUCGCCUUCCAGCAAGCGCAGAGGCCCCCUGCUGCAGCCCAUUAUCGAGGGUGUACCAGCCCUAUCACUCAGCUAAACAAAUGAGGAGGAGGACGGCUCGGAUGAUGACAACGACACCAAGACACAGUUCACAGUCACGGUUAAGCCGGAACUGAGCAUGCUGGGACUUCUUGACCAGCUGGAUGAGGACACAGAUGGUUUCAUCUCACCUGUUGAUGAACUAUCGCCCUCCAAGAACACCACAGACAUGAGAUUGUCCAAUUUGCAUGCUGCUACCAUGCAGGAACUUGUGGAGCAACUCCAGGAAGCCCGUGAAGAAAAGAAAAGAAUCCGCAAAAACCUCCGUGAUUUUGAAGAUCAAUUCUUCAAACAGAACAGCAGAAACGUGCAAAAGGAAGAUCGAUCACCCUUGGCUGGAGAAUACAAUGAAUACAAGCACAUUAAAGCCAAGCUAAGGCUGUUGGAAGUGCUCAUCAGUAAAAGAGACUCCUCUUAGUUCAUCUAGUGCUCA